ACCAGACCAGAGUGGUUUAUUGUUGGGGCGUGCAAUAAAAGAGCUGGCAAAUUGCAUCAGAUUCUCCUUUUCACCUACAAAACUGAAUAUGAUUUGUCAAGUUUUGUCCUAAUGAGCACGACGUCGGCUCCUGUUUAUCCAGCUGCUGCGCAAAUACCGGUAGACUUGUUUGUAUCGAAGAAAUAUCCUGGACUGAGUCGCCGCGGACUUGGAUUUGCCGAUUCUUUGGGGAAUUUACUCUUCCGAGUGGAUCGUAUCUCGCCAUCUUCUUCUUCAUCUUACAAGUGGGUAGUUGUUGAUCAUUCUUCAGGAAAUCCCCUCUUCUGCAUACUUCGUCAACAUAAUGGAUCUUGGCAUGGUUUCAAGGAGGAUGGUGAAGGAAAAAACAAGAUGAUAUUCAGAGUGCAAAGAACAUUGAAUAGAUUAUUUACAACUGAGCUAGAAGUCUUUCUAGUCAAAGACGAUUCUGGAGAAUCAACCUGUGACUUUAAGGUUAAAGGCUGCCCCGCCCGGAGAUCAUGCACUAUCUUUGGAGGCAAAGACAUUAUAGCUCAGACUAGUCUCAUGUACAAGCUUAACCAGAUUUUGGCUCGAAGGAGUAGAUUUCGGCUAACCAUAUUUCCGGGAUAUACGGAUCAUGCUCUCGUUGUAGCUUUGGUUGUGAUAUUCCUAGAUAGAUAAAAUUGAUUGAACUAAUAGAAAUGGUUUCAAUUACAAGCCAUCUGAUUUUGCAUAUGUAUCAUUGUCCUCAUGCAUCUUACAUCUUUUCUAAUAGAAAUAUGUGCAACUAAUUUAAAAUCUUCAA